UGCGGAAGUGCUGAGAGCCGGUCCUGCUGUGGGAGCGAUGGCCGCAGGGAAGCACCCUGCAGUGCUGGGCUCCGGGAGUCCGCGAAAGCCGUGGCGACUGCCCGCCGACAGACACCUCACGCCGGGCUGCUACUUGAGGUAAAUUUUUCCAUAACCUUAUGGAGAAAAAGGACUUUGAAGCAUGGCUUGAUAACAUUUCUAUUGCAUUUCUUUCUCUGACGGACUUGCAGAAAAAUGAAACUCUGGAUCACCUGAUUAGCUUGAGUGGAGCAGUCCAGCUCAGGCACCUCUCCAAUAAUCUAGAGAUUCUCCUCAAGAGGGACUUCCUCAAACUUCUUCCAUUGGAACUUAGUUUUUAUCUGUUAAAAUGGCUCGAUCCACAGACCUUACUCACAUGUUGCCUCGUCUCUAAGCAGUGGAACAAGGUUAUAAGUGCCUGUACAGAGGUGUGGCAGACUGCAUGUAAGAAUUUGGGUUGGCAGAUAGAUGACUCUGUUCAGGAUCCUCUGCAUUGGAAGAAGGUUUAUCUAAAAGCUAUUUUAAGGAUGAAGCAACUGAAGGACCACGAAGCCUUUGAGACAUCCUCUUUAAUUGGACACAGUGCCAGAGUAUAUGCACUUUACUAUAAAGAUGGACUUCUGUGUACAGGAUCAGAUGACUUGUCUGCAAAACUGUGGGAUGUUAGCACAGGUCAGUGCAUAUAUGGUAUCCAGACACACACUUGUGCUGCAGUGAAGUUUGACGAACAAAAGCUUGUAACAGGAUCUUUCGAUAACACAGUAGCCUGUUGGGAAUGGAGCUCUGGGGCAAAGACACAGCAUUUUAGAGGACAUUCUGGUGCAGUUUUUAGUGUGGAUUACAAUGAUGAACUUGAUAUUCUGGUCAGUGGUUCUGCAGACUUCACUGUGAAAGUAUGGGCCUUAUCAACAGGAACGUGCCUGAAUACCCUUACUGGACACACAGAAUGGGUCACUAAGGUCGUUUUGCAGAAGUGCAAAGUCAAAUCUCUUAUGCAUAGUCCUGGGGAUUAUAUUCUCCUAAGUGCAGAUAAGUAUGAAAUCAAGAUUUGGCCUAUUGGAAGGGAAAUAAACUGCAAGUGCUUAAGGACACUGUCUGUUUCUGAAGACCGCAGCAUCUCCCUGCAGCCCAGACUGCACUUUGAUGGUAAAUACAUAGUGUGCAGUUCAGCACUAGGAUUAUACCAGUGGGACUUUGCCAGCUAUGAUAUUCUCAGGGUUAUCAAGCCUCCAGACUUCUCAAAUGUGUCCCUGCUGGGCUUUGGAGAGAUAUUUGCUCUACUGUUUGACAACAGAUACCUGUAUAUAAUGGACUUGAGGACCGAAAAACUGAUAAGCCGCUGGCCUUUACCAGAAUAUAGAAAGUCAAAGAGAGGUUCAAGCUUUUUGGCUGGUGAAAUGUCUUGGUUAAAUGGACUAAAUGGCCAAAAUGAUACGGGCUUGGUUUUUGCCACCAGUAUGCCAGACCAUAGUAUCCAUUUGGUGUUAUGGAAAGAACAUGGCUGAAAAGCUCACACAUACAGAAUCUUCAGGAAUAUAUGGCCUAUCCAUCAGCGUGUCCAUAAAACGAGACUUUGCAUGAACCAAAGUUGCACACCCAAUGGUAUCAUCAUGCAAUGCACAAUCAUUUACUUUUUUUCGGGCAUUUGGGAAGGGGUUGUUUUGGACAUAAUGCAAUGCAGCAUGCUAACAGUAUUCAUCACAAAUUUUUGUCUAUAUUCAUGUUUCAAUAUACCUAUUUGGGCUUUGAAGUAUAGCUCGUAAUGUUUAAACCAUUCAAAACUGAUAUCAAAUCUGAAAUCAAGUUGUGCUUGACCUGA